AUGGACAAAGCGAUCAGCUUUUUGGGCCUCGCCGUGAUUAUGGGAAUCGCCUGGGUGUUCUCCAAACACCGCGGCAGGGUCAAUUUCCGCACCGUGAUCUGGGGGGUUGGGCUGCAGCUGCUGCUGGCAGUGGUGAUCCUGCGCACCGACACGGCGUCGUUCGUCGGUAUGUUCGUGCUCGCCUCGCUGGUGGUGAUCUACCUGCUCAGCGCCGAGGCUGAAGAACGUGGCUGGAGUCAGCUAGCGGCGGCGGCGACGGCGGUGGCUGGGGCGGCGGCGGUAGUCGCUCUGGGUCGGUUUCUGCACCCUUUCAGGGUCACCGACGGGCUGAUCGCUGCGGCAUUGCUGCUCUUGUUGACGGGCGCUUGGCGCAAGCGGGCCCACUGGGUGCGCUGGUCGAUGGCGGCUUUGCUGCCGCUAGGAGUCGCUGCGCUUUGGGCGCGGGGCAUCGAUGGCCGAGCGCUGUUCCAGGGCUUGUCCGAUCGGGUGGCCUCAUUCCUCAAUUUGUCGACCCUGGGGUCAGAGUUUCUGUUCGGCAAUCUGGUCAAGCCCGAAUACUGGUUCCCGGCCGGGAGCGACAGCUUCUGGCCCGGUUUCGGCGUCCAAUUCGCCUUUGCCGUGCUGCCGACGAUCAUCUUCUUCUCUGCGUUUAUCGCGGUGAUGUAUCACCUCGGCAUCGUUCAAGUGAUCAUCACAGCGAUGGCCCGCUUCAUGCGCUGGAGCAUGAAGACCAGUGGCUCGGAAACCGUCUCGUGCUCGGCCAAUGUGUUCGUCGGCCAGACCGAGGCGCCGUUUCUGGUCAAGCCCUUUCUCGAGGGCAUGACGAUCUCCGAGCUGCACGCCAUCAUGGUCGGCGGCUUCGCUACCGUCGCCGGUGGCGUGCUGGCGGGUUACAUCCAGAUGGGAGUCAACCCUGGACACUUGAUCGCCGCCAGCGUCAUGUCGGCGCCGGCGGCGCUGGUAAUCGCCAAGCUGCUCUAUCCCGAAACUGAGGAGUCGAUGACCUCCGGCGACAUCGACUUGCCCGACGUGCGCACCGCCGACAACGUGGUCGGCGCCGCCGCCAACGGCACCACCGACGGCCUCAAGCUGGCGCUCAACGUAGGUGCCAUGCUGAUCGCCUUCAUCGCCCUGAUCGGCUUUCUCGACGUGGUGCUGGGCUGGGCCGACGGCUGGGUCGACGGCCGCUUGUUGGGUGGCUCGGUAGUGCAGGCAACGGGCGAGUAUGCCGGUAUCUUUCCGGGCUCGAUGAAGACCCUCUUCGGCACAGUGCUGCGGCCGUUGGCGUUCAUCAUGGGUGUGCCGUGGGAAGACUCCGCCGCAGUCGGCAACCUGCUCGGCAUCAAGAUGACGGUCAAUGAGUUCGUCGCCUACGGCCUGCUCGGCGAGGCCAUCAACAACGGUGAGAUGGGUGAGCGAGCGCAGAUUAUCGCUACCUACGCGCUGUGCGGUUUCGCCAACUUUUCCUCGAUCGGCAUCCAGAUCGGUGGGCUCGGCGCGGUGGCUCCGGGUCGCCGCCGGGAUCUAGCCAAGGUCGGCCUGCGGGCCAUGUUUGGCGGCGCUCUGGCAUCGUUCAUGACCGCUACCGUGGCUGGCAUCCUGCUCUGA